UGUAUGUUAAAAGAUAGUUCCUCGAUUAUUUAGAGUAAAGGUCGCGCAGUGUACUUUUUGUGUAUUGAAGCAGUCAAUCGAAGUGUGCAGGAGUAUAAAAGGGCUAAAAUUAGAAUCUGACUUAUUUGACUGUUCGCCCACAUGUCGCUGCUCAGAGGUGUUUUUAUUGUCGCUGCCAAGCGCACUCCAUUCGGAACUUAUGGCGGCGUCCUGAAGGAUCACAGUGCAACAGACCUGGCUGAGCACGCAGCCAAGGCGGCCCUGGCAGCAGGUGGCGUGGCCCCUGAGCUCGUUGACAGCGUCAUCAUGGGGAAUGUCAUGCAGAGCUCAGCAGACGCUCCUUACAUCGCACGUCAUGUUGGUCUGAGGUGUGGAGUCCCCAUCCCGGUACCUGCUCUCACUGUCAACAGGCUGUGUGGAUCUGGUUUCCAGUCUAUCAUCAAUGGGGCUCAGGAGAUUUGUGUAAAGGACUCUGAGGUGGUGUUGUGCGGUGGUUCCGAAAGCAUGAGCCAGGCUCCAUACGCCGUUCGCAACAUUCGAUUCGGUACAAAGUUUGGAUUCGAUCUCAAGCUAGAGGACACCCUGUGGGCAGGCUUGACGGACAUGCAUGUAAAAAUCCCCAUGGGCAUUACAGCAGAAAACCUGGCAGAGAAGUACCAAAUCACACGAGAAGAUUGCGACAACUACGCCUAUCAGACGCAGCAAAGGUGGAAAGCAGCUCACGAGGCGGGCCACUACACAGCAGAAAUGGCACCAGUAGAACUGAAGUCAAAGAAAGGCAAAGUGUCCAUGGCUCAGGAUGAGCACCCUCGUCCUCAGACCACAAUGGAACAGAUGGCCAAACUGCCCACUGUCUUCAAGAAAGGAGGCACUGUUACUGCCGCUAAUGCUUCAGGAGUGUCUGAUGGCGCUGCUGCAUUGGUGAUUGCUAGUGAAGACGCACUUAGUCAACAUAAGAUGACUCCACUGGCCAGAAUUGUGGCCUAUCACGUGUCAGGCUGUGACCCGAGCAUCAUGGGAAUUGGCCCCGUUCCAGCUAUCACAGAAGCACUCAAAAAAGCCGGACUCUCACUCAGUGAUAUGGACUUGGUGGAGGUGAAUGAGGCCUUUGCUCCCCAAUACUUGGCAGUGUCCAAGGCCUUAGGACUGGAUCCUGAAAAAAGCAACGUAAACGGCGGAGCUAUCGCCAUCGGACAUCCUUUGGGCGCGUCGGGGGCUCGCAUCACCACUCACCUGGUUCAUGAGCUCAGGCGACGAGGCGGCAAGUACGCCGUUGGAUCAGCUUGCAUCGGGGGCGGUCAAGGAAUCGCCAUUGUUCUUGAAAAGUGCUGAGUGUGCAACCGAACCGCUAAGAAGAGGAACACCAUACAUGUUCAUAUUCAUACUAAAGUUGUCUGCCUUUUGAUUUAGAUAACCAUUUGCAACCUCAGUCUAUUUAUAAAUGGUAAUGUAUUACACACGUUGCCUUACUUAUAACCUUAUUUGUGAUCCAAAUAGAGGAUGAGUUUGUGACUAACUCCUACAAUGAAAUCACAUACAGUGUGUAUGGUAAACAUUUACCUCGCAUUUUGGUCACUCCAUUACAGAUCAUUUUUGCUUUACAUCUGAUUUUUUUUUUUUUUUUGCUGGAUAAUUUUAAUAAAUUCAGUUUUUGGAAAGCAUUUUUCCUUAUUUGUUGUGUCAGUCAUCAAGAUUAAUUAAAGAUGUAUUCAUACAACAAUAACACAAACUACCCCAGGAUGCAAAAUCUCUAUUAUAAUGAAAUACAUGAGGGAUGAAACAAGUACAGUUUAUACAACAAGAAAGUUGGCUUCCAUAACUAAAAACUAUGACUUAUGCAAUAAGGGUGAUUUCUACAUUGAGCACUUAAAUUUUAGUUUACAAGCCAAACUGUUUAA